UGUGCGCCAGUGGAAGCCAGAUUUCACAUCCUAAUAGUCAAAUUCGCUGACGGUAGAGGUAGAUUUUCAUCAAAGCGACUACUCGUACCCACCGCCACCUUUUCACCUGCAAACUAGACCUCUGAAUUCUUCUGGGAUGGUAGAUUUUAUACGAAAGUCAUACGGACUGAUUUAUUGAAUGUCAUCUAAGCCUGGGCGAAAAUUUGGACGACAACAAGAGUGGCGAAUAGUGUUUUUAGCUAAUCAUUGUUCCAUGUAAUUCAAGUCAAAAACUACUGUCGUCCAAUCUAAACAUAUUUACAAGUAAGUCCUCGUCUGGAACCCCAGAGUCCUCAAAAGUCCUACUGCUUUUAUGUUGGUUUGAACAAAACACACAGAUGAAAGUAAUGGCAAUUACUCUGAAUUCCAGACUCUUUCCUCCUAACCCUUGUCGUUCUUCCUAUACAACAACUGGUCUACUGCAGAGGAAGACCAUCGGCAAUCAAUGGUGGGGGGUGGUUCAUUACUCUUCUACCUCUUGCCGACACAAUUUAGCACGAAAUUCGAACCUAGUGGUUCUUGCAACUGGUGGUUCUAGCUCUGAUGAUUAUCUUCCUUUCGAUAUGUCUGUGGAAAAUGCUCUAGAAAUUCUUGGUGUGAAUAAAGGUUCUUCAUUUGAUGACAUCCUUAAUGCUAAGAACUCAAUUCUUGCAUCCUCCCAAAAUGACCCAGAGAUGGUGGAGCAGGUAGAGGCCGCAUAUGACAUGUUACUCAUGCAAAGUUUGAUGCAGCGCUGUGCAGGAAAAGUUGUUAAUAACAGCAUUCGUUAUGCUGAUGUUCAGACUGUAAAUGGUCCAGAUAUGAGCUCAACCCCUCAGUCAUUACAAGCUACACUCAAGCGUAUACCAGUUUCAGUUGAAGCACCAUCUGCCAACAACUUAGGGAUACACGCAGGAGUUUAUGGAGCCUUAAUGGGUUUAACAUAUAUCAAUGGAGCCUCCGUAUCAUCCGGGGAACCUUAUGCUGGGGCUGACAUUCCUGGACUAAUAUUAGCUGCUGGAUUUGGAGCGUCAAUAUACUUGUUGACGAAAAAAAAUAACAGCCCAAGAAUGUCUACGGUCAUAACUAUUGGGGGACUUGUGGUGGGUGCAACAAUGGGAUCAGCUGUAGAGGACUGGUUGCAAGUGGAUAUCAUUCCAUUUUUAGGGAUACAUUCCCCUGCUGUGGUAGUAAGUGAAUUUAUACUCUUUUCCCAGUUCUUGGUAUCAUUGUAUGUAAAAUAGGAAUUUUCUGUGAAACAAGAUCCCCUGUAACCUUCUAAACACAGACUAUCUGUAAAUAUAUAACUUGAACUUAUUAAUGAUGCAAUAGGUUUCACAAUCUGUUGAAUCUAUUACGUUCUCCGAA